ACUGUGUGGACUGAAAAAAUUCAAAAUGUUAGAUCUAAGUUCGAAUGGUUUUGGUGAUGAAAGCUUACCCUCUUGCCUAUUUCACAACAACUCUGUGGUCGAAGAGCUUCACCUGUCAUCAAAUAAUUUAAAAGGUUCACUUGGCUUUGUAGCAGGGCUUUGUAAACUAAGAAAGUUAAGGCACCUGGAUCUUAGCAUGAACUUGAUAGAUAAUAUCCAUUGGCCAUGUUUGAGCCAAUUGAAUUCUUUGCAGGCCCUUUAUCUUCGACAAAACCAAAUAUCAGGCACCAUUCCUUUUUUUGUUUCUAACCUAACUUCUCUUGUCGAGCUUGAUCUUUCCAGAAAUAAGUUGGAUGGAGUGGUUUUCUUCUCUAUGUUUGCUAAUCUUUCAAUGCUUGAAGAGAUUAACCUUUCAAACAAUAGAGAGUUAGAAGUUGAAACCGAGUUCCCAACUUAUUGGAUUCCUUCUUUCCAACUACAAUCCUUAAAAUUAGGAAAUUGUGAACUCAACAAGCGUACUCAUAGGAACAUUCCCAGUUUCAUUUCCACCCAAUACAACAUGGAUGUUCUGUCUUUGUCAUAUAACUCUCUUCAAGGAACAAUUCCAUUCUGGCUGUUUUACAAUGCUACUCCAUCUCUUCGCUCUUUGAACUUGAGAGGUAACCACUUCCAUGGACCAUUUCUUGAUCAGCCCUUCAAAAAUGAAACGUUAAAGGUCACAUAUCUUGACAUCUCCAACAACAAUAUCGAAGGGCAACUUCCUAGAAACUUUGAUGUGGUUUUCCCAGAUUUAGAAUACUUGAAUAUGUCUACAAACAAACUUGAAGGCUUCAUCCCACCCUCAUUUGGAAAUUUAAGAUUCAUAGCAACAUUAGACUUGUCAAAUAAUUACUUUGUAGGCGAAAUACCUUAUAGAUUAACUCAAAAUAAUACUGAUUUGAUUUCUUUGAUCUUAUCAAAUAACUAUUUACAUGCAAUGCCAAGGAAUUUCAAUCUGACAGGACUACAAGUCUUAAGUCUUGAUGGCAAUAUCUUCACAAGACCAUUCCCAAUCACUCCAUCCAGUGUUCCUUCACUCUUGCUUCUAGACAUAAGUAGGAACUCCAUAUCUGGCAACAUCCAAGAUUGGUUGCCUAGUACUUUCCCAUAUUUGGUCUCACUCCUUAUGAGAGAAAAUCAUUUUGUUGGUGUCCUUCCAGCGUCAUUGUGUCAAAUGCAACAAUUACAUUAUUUGGAUCUGUCAAAUAAUCAUCUAUUUGGAAGCAUACCUUCUUGCCUCAACAACAUCACCUCAUGGCUGGAAGAUUUCAGAUUUUCGGAUCUUGGAAUCGAAUGGAAUUUCAAUGGCGAGGAAGAUGCAUUCAACGUAAAUUUUGCCACCAAGGGAAAUAUAUACUCAUAUGAAGGUCUUCCUCUUUACCAUAUGACCGGGAUCGAUUUAUCUCUAAACCAAUUAACCGGUGAUAUUCCAUCUCAAAUGGGAGAGCUAAGAGCCCUGCAUUCGUUAAACCUUUCUCACAAUUCUCUAAUAGGCUAUAUUCCAGAAUCCUUUCAAGGGUUGGAAAACUUGGAGAGUUUGGAUCUCUCUCACAACAAGUUGGUGGGAAUGAUCCCUCCUCAACUCAUUCAACUCUCUUUUCUUUCCACUUUCAAUGUGGCAUUCAAUCAACUCUCAGGCAAGAUCCCAUAUGAGAAUAAUUUUGCAACUUUCAAUAAGGAUAGCUACAUUGGUAAUCUGGGACUUUGUGGACCUCCAACUGAAGUCAAUUGUUCAUCAACAACUCAACCACAUCACAAGGAAGGUGACAAUGAUGAAGAACAAAGUCUGCUUGACAACGACUUAUUUUUCUAUUCAUAUGUGGUAAUUUCUUACCUCUUGGGAUUCUGGGCUGUUAUUGCCCCCCUUCUUCUCUGCAGAAAUUGGCGUAGGAAGUACUACAGAGUUGUGGAUGGAUGCAUUGAUUGGUGCAGUGAUAGACUCUUCUGGUGUUUGUAUUAUAUCAAAAACCGCCAUUGGUAGUUAAUUACCUCUCA